CACGGUGGCAUCACUAACACACAACAAUGGCAUCCCUAGCAGCCGCUUCCCGUGUCGUGCUGCACAUCCUCCCUCUUUUUCUCCUCGCUGCCGGCACCCACGCCGCCACGUUCACCAUCACCAACAAGUGCCAGUUCACCGUGUGGGCGGCGGCCGUGCCGUCCGGCGGUGGCAAGCAGCUGGACCCGGGGGCGCAGCCAUGGAGCAUCGAGGUGCCGGCGGGCACGACGGGCGGGCGCGUGUGGGCGCGCACGGGGUGCAACUUCGACGGGAGCGGCAACGGGCAGUGCCAGACGGGGGACUGCGGCGGCGUGCUGCAGUGCACGGGGUACGGGCAGGCGCCCAACACGCUGGCCGAGUUCGGGCUGAAUAAGUACAUGGGCCAAGACUUCAUCGACAUCUCUGUCAUCGACGGCUUUAACGUGCCCAUGGACUUUCUGCCGGCCGACGGCACAGCCGGGUGCGCCAAGGGCGGGCCGCGGUGCGACGCGGACAUCACGUCACAGUGCCCGUCCGAGCUCCGGGCACCCGGCGGGUGCAACAACGCGUGCACGGUGUUCAAGAAGGACGAGUACUGCUGCACCGGCACGGCGGCGGACAACUGCGGGCCGACCGACUACUCGAGGUUCUUCAAGGGCCAGUGCCCGGACGCCUACAGCUACCCCAAGGAUGAUGCCACCAGCAUCUUCACUUGCCCCGGCGGCACCAACUACCAGGUCGUCUUCUGCCCAUGAUCACGACCAACCUUAUAUAUCCGGACUGAGACUUGGUUAAGUCUCAGUCGACUGAGAUUUAGCAAUCCCAUAUGAUAUAUAUACUGAGAAAUAGUAAGUUACCAUCUGUGUAAUGUUACUUGGCGAUACGACAUGUGAACAUCGAGCAUGACAUCACAUGCACGAUCCUAUUGUAAAAGCGUGGGAAUAGGUGAGUUGUGCAAGAAUAAACUGCUCUUGGAGCGAGACACACAUGAUAAUAAUGCUAUUAUAGCAAUACCAUGGACUAUAAAAAUUGAGUUGGAAAGAGAGAAACAAAAAAAGAAAAGGUUUAUCUUCUCUUAGCUAAGAUGAUUUAUUAAUAAUAAAGAUACAAUAUUUUCUUUAUUGUAUGA